AUUCACGUCUUAGUAAUCACUCAUGGCCAUCUGGACCACUGUGGAAAUAUGUCAUUGUUUCCGCACUCAACUAUAUAUAUGGCUGCUGAUGUAGCCUAUGAAGGAAAAUACAGUACGCUUUCCGAGGUUUCUUUUUCGCUGUGUUCAGAUGGUGACAAUCCGGUUCUUUUAACACCAGAGGUCGAGCUUCGUUCCUGUGCUGGACAUACUGAUCACGACCUUAUUGUGAUUGUGAAUGGUACACAGCAUGGAUGCAUUAUUGUAGCAGGAGAUAUCUUUGAGUAUGCAAACGAUGAUGAAGAUUGGAGGGAAAUGUCUCGCUAUCCAGAGAUGCAAUCAAAGAAUCGUGCAGAAAUCCUGACAUAUGCUGACUGGAUAGUGCCUGGUCAUGGGCCUAUGUUUAAGAAUGAAAAAAGUGACACGUGA